AAGCCAUAUAAAGGACAACUAAAUAUACACACACACACACAAAUAAAUCUCUCUCAUUUUCUGAUUUGACACAAAUCCAUUGGAGUACUAUUAAUAUCUACUUGUGCCUCACCUAUUCUUUUCCAUCAAACACAAUAUUCUUUUUGGGUCUUGUGUGUGUCUAGCAUAGUGUCUUUACUGUGUGUUCUUCACUACAACUCUACAACAAGCAAAACAUCACAUCUUUUUGGUUUUUCCUCCAAAUUUGUUAUUACAAACAAGGGGAAAAGUGGAUACAAACAUAUUUUAGAGCAAAAAAAAUGGAGAUUAAUAGUGAAAUGAUGGUGUCAAAGUUCAAGAGAAUUUGUGUUUUUUGUGGGAGUAGCCAAGGCAAGAAAAGCAGCUAUCAAGAUGCUGCAAUUGAGCUUGGAAAAGAAUUGGUUUCAAGAAACAUUGAUUUGGUGUAUGGAGGAGGUAGCAUUGGGUUAAUGGGAUUGGUUUCACAAGCUGUUCAUGAUGGUGGUCGCCAUGUUAUUGGGGUCAUUCCCAAGACACUCAUGCCUAAAGAGUUAACUGGUGAAACAGUAGGAGAAGUGAAAGCAGUGGCUGAUAUGCACCAGAGGAAAGCAGAAAUGGCUAAGCAUUCUGAUGCUUUUAUUGCUUUACCAGGUGGCUAUGGCACACUAGAAGAGCUUCUUGAAGUUAUAACAUGGGCUCAACUCGGCAUUCAUGAAAAGCCCGUCGGUUUGCUAAAUGUGGACGGAUACUACAACUCAUUAUUAUCAUUUAUCGAUAAGGCGGUUGAAGAAGGCUUUGUUAGCCCGAGUGCACGCCACAUUAUCGUUUCUGCUCCGACAGCUAAGGUUUUGGUUCGGAAAUUGGAGGAAUAUGUACCAUGCCACGAAGGAGCUGCGUUAAAACUAAACUGGGAAAUGGAGCGACAACUUGAAUUCACCGACUACGAUAUCGCUAGAUGAUCAAAGAACCAAAAUCGGAAAUUUUUUUUCUUGAAAGAAAGAAAGAAAGAAAAAAGUAGCUAACUUUGAAAGGGCUUUUGUUCUAAUUAGAUUUUUGAUGUGAAGGGUGUUAAUCUUUUUUAAACAUGUAAAUCCCUUCACUUGCAACUCUGGUUAAAUUCACAGGUUGUCAGGAUACUUACUAUAUAUAAUUAUAUGUGUUUUCUUGUCAUAUGUUA